AUGAACAAUGGGGUUGAUCCAACGUCCGAGGAGUAUGUCACCCCCACCGCGGACAUAGACCAUGUGGGUGUGUCAAUAAUACAAGUGACCUGCAUCUACCCCGGAGGCGCCCCAGCCUCCGUCCUCACCCAAGGCGUCACUGACUUCAUUCCUGCUGGGACCUGGAGCGUGCUGGAGUGUCCUGGUGGUACCUGGAUGAAGGGCUUCACACAGGCAGUAACGCCCUCGCUCGGAGGUGAUGUCGAUGACGAUGCUCUUGCCAACAUGAGACUUUACUGUUCCCAGGACUCUGCUGGAAGUGGAGUUGGGACUGAAUUAACAGUGAACAGCGAUUCGCGAAACCCGUGGGGUACACCCUCACUCUGCCCCGAGGGAUUUGUUGGGUGCGGCCUACGGGCGAAGGUGGAACCUAAACAUGAAAUUGACAACAGCGCCAUCAGCACCGUCCCCUUCAAGUGCUGCCUCUUCACUGCCUAA